GUAAAAAUUGGGCAGCCGUCUCUCGCUCACGCGUGGACGGUGGCCUUAAAGCAGUCGCAAUGAUUAUAAAGGUUUUUAUAACUGUGUUCAUCUCAUUUUUUACGGUGUGGUAUAAAUUCGCUGAAGGCAGAUGCUUUGACCCUAACCAUAUAGAGGUCUGCAAUGACGUUGGAACCAAAUGUUCCUGCCGACCAUGUCUCAGCUGCCCCCCAGGAUUUGGUCAGAAUUACGAAUGUGGAGGGAGAUCCAUUAAGACAUCGCAGAAGUUGAAGUGUGUGCAUUGUGUAGUAGGGACAACAUACAGUGAUACAAACAGUUCAGCCAUGUGCCGUCCCUGCCCACAAUGCCAUGGUCAUGUAAUGCUGAGACCCUGUACAGAUGUAACACCAACUAAAUGCAGCCCUGAUAUUUGUGAUGAGGGGUUCGUGUGGAAUGAUGUUGUUGAGAUAUGUGAACCUGGUCAAGCGCCCAUUACUACACCUAGACAUACUACAACUACAACAGCCACACCAGCAUCCACACCAGCUACAUCAACUCCGGCUACAAGCCAUGCUGUCACUCAAAGAAACAGCCUAUCAAGUAAAACAAGACCAUCAAAAACAGCAUCUACCAAGGAAUCAAAAACAGCAUCUACCAAGGAACCAAAUGAUGAGUCUGUAUUGUCUUCCAGUUCCAAGUCAUCUACAGAGCACAAAAACAAGAUUGAUAUGAUCUUGGUUUUGGUCUUAGUAGUGGUAGUGGUAGUGGUUUUGGCACCCAUCGUAACUUGUAUCUUUUGCUGGAAAACCAGUGAACAAUUCAGAAGUUAUAUAAGAAACUGUUGUCAUUUGGUUGAAGAGAGUGAAAAAGAUCUGGAAGAAGGAAUACCACUUAAAGAAAUGCAGGAUUCUCCACAAGUGCAACGUGAGAAUACCGAAACUCUACAAGUCCUAGAAGAGACUUGGCCAAGUGGAUACCUGUUGAAAGCUGUUCCCAUAAGUUUACGGGAACAAAUUGAAAUUGCCAUUGCGAAUGUAAAUCCACCACUCAAAAGGGGCUGGAGAGAGAUUGGUCAGGAACGGGGACUUAAAAGCCAUGAACUGGAUGGGAUUGAAAGCUUUGAGAGCCAAUUAAGAGGUUCACAAUUGCUUAAGGUAUUAGGAUCUCAACAGCCAACUCUCACCUUAACUGAGUUUGUUAAAGCUCUCAUCACGAUUAAAAGAAAUGACAUUGUUGACUGUAUAAAGCAGUUUUUCCUUGAAAGCAAUGUCUAGGCAAUAAGUGAAUUGCAUUGUCCUUAUAAUAUUGCCGUUUCUUCAAACACAUUCUAAGCACAUUCAAUGUGUUUGAUAGCUUCAUUGAGCAAUGUCCAACUUUUGACAUAAGCUGGGACCAGCAAAAUGUUGGGUAUACAGGGUUUUCAGUAAAAGCUGACUCUUGGACAGACCUGGACAGUGAAAAUUGUCGGUUAUAUAGCUUAGUUUAUCGCCCGCUACUUACAAAUUUAUUGGUGAAUUAUUUGGUUGUUGUUUGUUAACAGAUUGCAAAAACAAAUUGGGUACUUUUUCUAUUGUGAYGUCUACUUUUCUUACUGAAAACCCUGGGUAAAAUGCCCAAUAUUUUGUUUAUGGUAAUGUUAUCUGAAUAUUGYUGGCUGGUUGAUUCACCUUUUUCAUUUGUCAGUGUCUUAAAAUACAUUUAAAUGCCAUAAUCUGGGUGAUUAUUUUAUGACACAGACCUGAGGGUGAUUAUUAGCUGAAUGAAUUGUCAUGUAAAUAUGUACAGCCUCACUGGAGGAUAGAACGUUAAAAAAGGGUUGACGACGAUCGGGGACAAAACCCCAUGGAUCAGUCCUUGCGAGGCUUCAUUCACAGUUUAAAAGAACAGUUCAAUGUAGAUGCCUGUAUGAUUCAUGAUGAAAAUCAAACAUUUGUAGAGUUAACAUAUUAUAUAUUUUAAAAUUUUAUUGUACCAAAAAUUAUAUUUUUAACAUUAAAAUGUUAUUGAAAUGUUUCAUCCUCACACUUGCAUCUAUAUUGAGCAGUGCUUUGAACUGUGAUCGAAUUGGCUUCUUAGAGAUACAAAUUGAAUAUACUUUGUACAAGGGAUUACCUGGUAUUUCAAGUUUAUAUAAUAUUCUUGUAUAUACYAUUAUGUGUUUUUAAAAUUCACUUCUGGAGCUCAACAGAAUUUUUUUAAAGACUUUUUGAGACUUUAUUAGUCAACCUUGUUGCUUUCUUUAACAAUUCUUUAUGUUGAUCUAUAACAAUUUUGAUUGAAAUUAGAACUAAUUUAGUAACUAGCUGAUUACUUAAUCUUUCCAGAGAUAUAUUAUUUGUAUAUUUGUAGAUAGCACCUUUUUUUAUUUCAUGCAUUUACCCUUACAAUCCACCCUAAUGUACAUAUGUUGUUGAUUUUAACAUACCUUUUGCAAAACGCUGUCAUGAUGCCGGUAUACUUAUAUAUCUAACAUUUYAUAGAUUUAUCAGGCUACAAUAGUCUGUAUCAGAGGCAUAAAAUUAGUUUUGUCAGGAGAAUGGGCUCCUGGUUUUGUACAAAAUUCAAAAGUGUAAAUAAAUGUAGUAGAAAUGUAUGAA